AAUUAGAAAAAUUUUGUUUCGAAAGUUAGCGACGUCGUUAACUUCAUUGAUUGAUUUGUUUGGCUGGAAAGUGAUUUGUUUAUAUCAAAAGAUGUCCAACCCGCAAGGAGAAACGAAGAAUACUGCUGAGGAUCCUUGGGAUGAUACGCUUUUGAUUAAGGCCUAUGAUGAUUCGGUUAAGCUGGCCAGAGAAGAAUUGGCACGUCGUAUUUCGCUGUCUACGAGCAAGGCGGCGGCGGAUAAGGAUAAAAGUGGUGACAAUAAGACCGAUAGUAAAACUAAUGAAAAUGUAUAUAAAGUUGGCGAUUAUGUACGCGCUACCUUCGAAGAUGGCAUUGAUUAUGAGGGGAAAAUAAUAUCAAUUGACCAAAGCGCUGGAACUUGCCUAUUAAAAUACAUCGGCUACGAAAACGUGCAGCAGGUACCGUUAACCGAACUUGUAGCUUCUUGGGGCAAAAAGGUACGCCGUUUGCAAUUUGCUAAUGCCAAACUCCAAGCAGAAAACUCAAAUAAUGAGUACCCAAGCACAAGUAACAAGGCAGCAAAGAAAAACAAGUCGAAAAUUAGCAAGUCUUCUAUGCCUCCUCCACCACCCAUUCCACCAAUGCUGACCGCAUCGCAAAAUGCAGAAGAUUCGGAACAUCUUUCGGCAAUGUUAAUGUCAUGGUAUAUGAGUGGAUAUUAUACAGGGGUCUAUCAGGGCAUGCAAAUGGCAAAAUCCAAGGAGAAAAAUUAAGCGCUUAUAUAGGUGUAUAUACCGAUUAAUAAAUAACAUAUAACAAUUA